AGAUCAUCAUAGCACAACCAAGAAGAGUUGUGAAUAUCCUUGAGAGAUAUGUGAGGUGUUGUUUUGAGAGUUUUUUAAUUAGAGCUUGUAUGUCUCUUCUUUCUAUUCUUGAAAGUAAUAGAAGUGUUUUUCUCUCAUAUUAGCACGAUCCUGUUAUUCCCAACAAGUGGUAUCAGAGCCUGGCUGAGCUUUUGGCCACCGGAAGCCACCUCACGCGCCGCCUACGCGCCGGUGGUGAGGAGCUCGCUGACGUCAUCCCUGACGUCAUUCUGCACGCAGGCCAAGAGGUUGAAGACAGCUGACGUCAUCGCUGACGUCAUCAGCCAGUCAGAGCUGUGUCAGCGACACAUCAGCGCCACGAGUGCACAUCCGCCACAUCAUCAGCUCACUGCCAUCUUCCACCAGCGCCCAGUCAGCUGCCACGUCAACGCCCAGUUAGCGCCACGUCAUCUGCCACGUCACCGGUCAGUUUUUAAAUUUUGAAAAAUUGCAGUUAGGUCCCUCAAUUUUUGGAAAAUUAUAAUUUCCACCUAUAAUUUUUCGAAAAUUGUAUUUUGACCCCGAAAGUGUCUACCCACCAUUUUUGGCCGUUCCGGACGCAACGGUGCUGCCCGUUUUUCAAAAUUCUGCUCCGAUGUUUCUCAAACAGAAUAUUAAAAUUAUUUAGAAGGUGAAAAUGACCUUUGACGAGUCAACUUCAUCUUCCGGAGCUAUGAUUAUGCUCACGGCUACCAACUACACGCUAUGGAAACCUCGGAUGGAAGAUUUCCUUAGCUGUAAAGACCUUUUUGAUCCAAUAGAGAUGAAAGGUAUUAAUCCUGACCCACCCAAAUCAAUAGAGUGGAAGAAAAUAAAUAGAAAAACUAUUGGUCAAAUCCGUCAAUGGAUUGAUCAUAGUGUCUUCCACCACGUUUCACAAGAAACCGACGCUUAUGCCCUUUGGAAGAAGCUAGAAGAUAUGUACCAGGCCAAGACCGCCAGGAAUAAGGCCCUACUGAUGAGGCGUCUUGUCAAUAUGAAGCUCAAAAGUGGAACUUCUGUUGCCGAACAUACUAGUCAGUUUUCAGAGUCUGGUAAAUCAACUAUCUUGUGUAGAAAUGCCACUUGGAGAUGAAAUGCAAUCUCUACUACUUCUUAGUUCCCUUCCUGAUAGUUGGGAGACACUAGUUGUUACUCUCAGCAACUCAGCCCCAAAUGGCAAACUUACCAUGUCUGUGGUCAAGGAUGCAUUGUUCAAUGAGGAGGCAAGGAGGAAAGACAUGAGCACAGAUCAGACUCAUGCUCUUGUGACGGAGAAUCGAGGAAGAUCACAAGGAAAGCAACAAAGAAACAGUAGAGGAAAGUGGCAAAGCAGAGGCAAAAGUCGGGGGAGAUCAUCAGAUGGCCGGAAACCUUCUUAUACCUGCCACCAUUGCGGUAUAGAGGGUCACAUGAAGAAGAAUUGCUACAAAUUGCUAGAGGAGCGAGGCAAGAGCAAUUCUCAAGCGAAGAACAAGGGUGGUGAAGCGCUCAUCACAAUCUCAGGUGAUGUGGCGUAUUGUACUAGCAAUGAUGAAACAUGCCUGCACGUCUCAAGAGAGGACACUGAAUGGGUGGUAGAUACUGCAGCAUCCUACCAUGUUACUCCCCACAGGUACUACUUCACAACUUACAAAGCUGGAGACUUUGGAGCAGUAAAGAUGGGCAAUUCCAGUUCCUCUGGAAUAGCUGGAAUUGGUGAUAUACAAAUAAAGACGAGUACUGGGAGCACAAUCACUUUGAAGGAUGUCAGACAUGUCCCAGACCUUCGGCUCAAUCUCCUAUCCGUGGUAUGUCUUGACGAACAGGGGUAUGACAACCACUUUAACAGGGGCACCUGGAAAAUGUCAAAGGGCGUUUUGACAAUCGCUCGAGGACAUGUUUGUGGCACAUUGUACAAAACCCAUUUGAGGAUUUGUAUGGAUAGCCUCAACAUUGCAGAGGAGACUUCUCAGAAUCUGUGGCACCUGAGGCUCGGCCACAUCGGUGAGAAAGGGUUGACUACCUUGAUGAAGAAGAACCUUAUCAACAUUGACAAGAAUUCUGCACUGGGUCCUUGCAGUCAUUGUCUAUUUGGUAAGAAACAUAGAGUAUCAUUUAGUUCUACUUCAACUAAAAGAACGGAGUUGUUAAGUUUGGUACACUCCGAUGUCUGUGGCCCUUUCGAGGUAGAAUCAAUCGGUGGAAGCAGAUAUUUUCUGACUUUUAUCGAUGAUGCUUCUCGGAAAGUGUGGGUGUAUUUCCUGACGACGAAGGAUCGGGUCUUUGAGAGCUUCAAGACAUUUCACGUCUUGGUGGAACGUGAAACAGGAAAGAAGUUGAAAUGCCUCCGAUCUGAUAAUGGAGGCGAAUAUACAUCCAAGGCAUUCGAUGCAUAUUGCAGAGAAUAUGGCAUUCGACAUGAGAAGUCAGUACCACGCACCCCUCAGCGCAACGGUGUUGCUGAAAGAAUGAACCAGACUAUCAUGGAGCGUGUCCGGAGCAUGCUAAAUGUGGCUAAACUUCCAAAGUCAUUUUGGGGAGAAGCAGUCAACACCGCAUGCUAUCUUAUCAACCGAUCACCUUCAGUACCACUGAACUUUGAAGUUCCAGAGAGGCUAUGGACAGGUAAGGAUCCUACAUACUCACAUCUUAGAGUUUUUGGUUGUUCAUCAUAUGCACAUGUAUCCAAAGAGCUCAGACAGAAGCUCGAUGCAAGAACUAUCCCAUGCAUUUUCGUUGGCUAUGGAAAUGAAGAGUUUGGAUACAGGUUAUGGGGUCCUAAGGAGAAAAUGGUGUUCAGAAGUAGGGACGUUGUGUUCCAUGAAGAUUUGACAAUAGAAGACAUUGAAAAAUCCACAAUGUCUCGGAAGUCAAAUGAGGGUGUUCAAGUUUCAAAUGAAGCACCUGAAUUGUUCUUGAGAAACAAUGACGAAGUGCAUGAAAACAACUCAGAAGCAGAAGAGGAUGAGGAGACAGAAGAGAGUACAGAGAAAGGGGAGUCACAACCCACCUCGCCAGGCACAGAUGAUGGUAGCUCUUCUGAGAUGGUUCCAACUGUUCGUAGAUCUGAACGAGGCCAUAUACCAUCGAAAAGGUACACAUCAUCUGAAUAUCUUUUGUUAACUGAAGAUGGAGAACCGGAGAGUUUUCAAGAAGCUGUGUCUCAUAAGGAUAAAGAAAAAUGGCUAAUAGCAAUGCAGGAUGAGUUGGAAUCUCUGCAGAAAAAUCAAACUUAUGAGAUUGUAGAACUUCCUAAAGGGAAGAAGGCACUGAGGAACAAGUGGGUGUUCAAGCUGAAGAAUGAUGCAAGCGGACAAGUGGUGAAACACAAAGCUCGGUUGGUUGUCAAAGGAUUCCAACAGAAGAAGGGAAUUGACUUUGAUGAGAUCUUUGCACCAGUUGUCAAGAUGACCUCAAUCCGAGUUAUACUUGGCUUGGCAGCAAGUAUGAACUUGGAGCUUGAACAGAUGGAUGUGAAGACAGCAUUUCUUCACGGAGAUUUGAAAGAAGAAAUCUAUAUGCAGCAACCGGAAGGUUUUGAGAGCUCAAAUGAUAACUUUGUGUGUAAGUUAUCUAAAAGUUUGUAUGGCUUGAAGCAGGCACCAAGGCAGUGGAAUAAGAAGUUUGACUCAUGCAUGAAGAGUCAAGGCUACAAGAAGACUACUGCAGAUGAGUGUGUAUACAUCAAGAAACUCCCAGACGGCACUUUCAUUGCUAUUCUACUAUAUGUAGACGACAUGUUGAUCGUUGGGAAAGAUGCAGUGAUGAUAAACCAGCUGAAGAAAGAACUCUCUAAGUCUUUUGAUAUGAAAGACUUAGGACCGGCUCAACAGAUUCUUGGGAUGCAGAUCACUCGAGACAGGAAGAAUCGCAAGUUAUGGCUUUCUCAAGAGAAGUACAUUGAACUAGUACUUGAGAGAUUCAACAUGAAUGAUGCCAAACCAGUUAGUGUUCCACUUGCGAAUCACUUCAAGUUAAGCAAAAGAACAUGCCCUACAUCCAAGGAAGAGAUCGGGGAGAUGUUAGCAGUUCCAUAUUCUUCGGCAGUUGGGAGUUUGAUGUACGCCAUGGUAUGCACAAGGCCAGACAUCGCACAAGCAGUGGGUACAGUAAGUCGUUUUCUCUCUAACCCUGGGAAGGAGCAUUGGGAGGCAGUCAAAUGGAUUCUCAGAUACUUGAAAGGUACCACGAAGUUAUGUCUUUGUUACGGAGGAGCUGAUCCAAACUUGGAAGGCUACACAGAUGCUGAUAUGGCCGGAGAUAUUGAUAGUAGAAAGUCUACUACAGGAUAUAUCUACACUUUUGCAGGGGGAGCUGUUUCUUGGCAAUCAAGAUUGCAGAAGUGUGUCGCUUUAUCUACAACAGAAGCAGAAUACAUUGCUGCCGCUGAAGCAGGUAAGGAAAUGUUGUGGCUAAAGCGCUUUCUCCAAGAACUUGGGAUCCACUAGAAAGAGUACCAGGUACAUUGUGACAAUCAGAGUGCUCUAGACUUGAGCAAGAACUCAAUACAAAGGAGAAUCCAUCAGACAUGCUGACAAAGGUGGUGACACGAGAUAAGCUAGAGCUAUGAAGAGACAUAGUCGGGAUGCUUGUUUUGAAUAUGCCUGGAAGGGGAGAAUUGAAGAAUUCAAUUUCCAGGACAUAUCCAAGUACAAGCAAAUUGAAGAAUCCAAUUGCAACAACCAUGAAGCUUCCUCCAUGUGCAAGCAACGACCAUGAAGCUUCAUCCAUGUGCAAGAAUGACAAAGGGAGCUUCCUCAAAGUUUCCUCAUGUUUAAUCCCACCUUCCUCCCACCUUCAUAGUACCUAGUUUUGGUGCUAUAAAUAGAGAGCUUGGAGAGUCUUUCUAUCAUCAAGUAAAUUAGAAUAGAUCAUCAUAGCACAACCAAGAAGAGUUGUGAAUAUCCUUGAGAGAUAUGUGAGGUCACGAUCCUGUUAUUCCCAACAUGCCCUGUGUAUCUGGGGAUGCCGUUCGAAGUUUUCCCAGUAAGCCGGAUGUGUGUGUCUUCUGUGACAGACCCCUGGGAAUCUUGGACGAAAACUAAUGAAGCGCUCAUGUUGUGGAUGGAAUUGAGCAUGGUGCACAAAACGAUGGUCAUAAGAAUGAAAGUAUGGAUUCCGGAGAGAUGUUUGCUCAUGCCGGUAAUCCAUUUGCGAACUUAGGUGAAUGAUGGUUUAGAGAGAUGUGAGAGUUUCUCUCUCAUCGUGUUGUGUAGAACUUGAGAGCACUUUUAGCGUAUUUAUGGAGGAUCUUUCUCAUAUUGAAUCUUCUUUCUCCCUGACUAGUGCAACUGAGUUUAAUUAUGGGGAAUACAAUUUCAGUUAAUGUUUCAGAAUUUAUUGAAGAAAAUCGUUUACAUGUUAUUGCUUCAGACUCAUCUUCCAGAGAAUGAGGGGGAUGUUGUCAUGCCAUCUAAACCAGGUUCGAAUUCUGACAAAGAAAUCAAAUGUAUACCUAUCAGGAGGCAUCUUUCAGACCAAGAACUUUUGGAACGACAUACUUGAUUCUUCCUGGAACUCAAAUCCUCCAAAGUUCAAACAUAAAAUCGUUUGAAGGAGUGAUCGUCUACCUUUUAAAAAAAAACUUCUUUCUCAGAACUAGAUGGCUGCUUGAACCUUGGUUCCGAAUAUCGGUGUUCUCUCAUGUAUUUUUUUUCCUCUUCUUUUUCUUCUUCAAUAGCUUUGGGGGAGGUUUGCACCUACUUCCUUCAUUAGAGAUUGUAAUCUUUUAUCUUUCUCAAUAAAUUGUUUCCUUCCUAUAAAAAAAAUCGGUUUAACAACUGUAUAGGGUUUAUUAUUUUCUCCUUUAAUAUUAUGACAUGGAAACUUUACGAUAACAGGCUAUAACAAUCAAUUGCCUGCGUAAAUGCCAAUCUCCCAUUCGAAGCCAAGGUUAUUCUCCACUUGGACUUUGUUUAAUAUUAAGUUCUGGUCUAUUUUGCUCCUCGACCUAUAAGGACGAUUGAAAAUUUUCAUAAACAACCUAUUUGUCUAGGAUAAGUGUUAUUAAACACCUUUCAAUAUGGGGAAUUUAGCAGGCUAACCUCGAUAACUUUGAUCUUAGGGGUCGUAAAUUUCAUCUUAAUCCCAUUAUCAUCUUGUCUAGCACAAUAACCCCUAUUAAUCCUUGACACGUUUGCUAAACCAUGGCCUGCUGUCCAGCCUACCCCUUAAGGGUCGUAAAUUUCAUCUUAAUCCCAUUAUCAUCUUGUCUAGCACAAUAACCCCUAUUAAUCCUUGACACGUUUGCUAAACCCUGGCCUGCUGUCCAGCCUACCCGUAUGCUUUACAGUACUUCAAGAAACAUCUUCAUAGUGUAGUGAAUACACAUGACACAUACAUAUAUACCCAACAUUUGUACUGAGUUCACUUAUAUGAAAUAGUAGUUACUCUUAUAUGCCUUUAACUACUC